UAGCCCAGCCUCAGAGUGUCCCGGGUCCUGACUCCCGACAGUGGUGGCCGACUCCUCAGUGGUGUUCAUACCGUCGUGUCAAGUGGUCACGUUCAUCGCGUUCUUGGGAUUUACAUAAUGUUGUCUUCGCGGGGUGAUCCAACAUAUUCUGAACGGCAGCAGCAGCAGCCUACGAUGUCUUGUGGUAGGUUCACGCUGGGCAUCUGGCCUCACCGGUAAUGAGACCAUGGCAGAGGAUGACCCCGAGAUGUGGCAGCUCGUGCAGGAGGAAAAAUAUCGCCAGAGACGAGGCCUAGAGCUUAUUGCCUCAGAGAACUUUUGCACACGUUCAGGGCUGGAGGCACUGGGGUCGUGUCUCAACAACAAGUAUUCCGAGGGUUAUCCUGGCCAAAGGUACUACGGUGGCACAGAUAUCAUAGACAAGGUAGAAAGGUUAUGUCAGCAACGAGCUCUGGACGCCUUUCGUCUGAAGCCAGAAGAUUGGGGUACUAACGUACAGCCAUACUCAGGCUCCCCAGCUAACUUUGCCGUGUAUACCGGUCUGCUGAACCCACAUGACCGCAUCAUGGGUCUGGACCUGCCUGAGGGUGGCCAUUUGACUCAUGGCUUCAUGACGGACAACAAAAGAAUUUCAGCAACUUCCAUCUACUUCGAGUCAAUGUCCUACAAGCUGAACCCUGCCACGGGCCAGAUUGAUUAUGAUAAACUCCAUGAACAUGCUCGUCUCUUCCGGCCAAGAAUGAUCAUUGCUGGUGCCAGUGCUUAUGCUAGACUUAUUGACUACAAGAGGAUGAGAGAGAUUGCAGAUGAAGUGAAGGCCAUUCUGUUGGCAGACAUGGCGCACAUCUCUGGUCUUGUGGCGGCUGAUUUAAUCCCAUCACCAUUUGAGUAUUGCCACGUUGUCACAACCACCACUCACAAAACAUUAAGGGGACCGAGGUCUGGUAUAAUAUUCUUCCGUCGUGGAGUAAAGUCUGUAAACAAGAAGACAGGCAAGCCAAUAAUGUAUGACUUAGAACAGCGCAUCAACUCGGCUCUCUUCCCUGGCCUGCAAGGUGGACCCCACAACCACGCUAUUGCCGGUGUAGCCAUUGCUCUUAGACAGGCUGCCACCCCAGAGUUCAAGAAGUACCAAGAGCAAGUGAUGAGCAAUUGUCGUACGAUGGCAGAUGGUCUAAUAAAGCGGGACUAUCACUUGGUCUCUGGUGGAACAGACAACCAUUUGGUGUUAGUGGAUCUUCGACCUAAAGGCCUGGAUGGUGCGAGAGUUGAGACCAUCUGUAACAUGUGCAAUAUUACAGUCAACAAGAACUCUGUCCCUGGUGAUAAGAGUGCAUUAAGUCCUGGGGGCCUCAGGCUAGGAACCCCAGCACUCACAUCCCGUAACUUCAAAAAUGAAGAAUUUGAGUACGUCGUUGAGCUCUUAGAUCGAGCUUGUGCCAUUGCCCUUGAGGCUAAGGAAAAGUCUGGAAAGAAGCUUGCAGACUUCAAAGAAACUCUAGAAAAAGAUGCAGAAAUUAAGGCAAAGGUUGAAGCACUACAGGCAGAGGUUAAUGAAUUUUCAUUGAAAUUCCCAAUGCCUGGAUUUGAUGACCACUAAUUCAUUUCCUGGAGAUGUGGUGAAUGAUGGAUACAUUAAUCCAGCGAGUGGGAGCUUGAUGACCAGGUACACUGACUUCUUCACCAUUAAAUGCCCUUCAUUUAUCUCUUUUUUGUGACUUGUAUCACCUGUUAACAAUACUUGCAUAGCUCCUCUGCACAAAAGAAUUUGAUUCAGUUCCUGGAUACUUUGCAGUAAUCUUGACAAUGGCAAAAGAUGACUGAGAGGUAGUGAGAGAGUAAAGUUGCUUUUAAUAAGGCUUAAAUCAUUUUUAAACUGCGCAACAAAAAUUUUUGUGCAGUUUUUUGCACCAACAGAAUACAUACUUACAAAGAAUUAGGAGUUACUGUAUUAAUUCUUUUUUUAAGCUGUUUCUCCAUUAUCAGUGUCAAAUGCUGCAUCGCAAUUUUAUUUAAACAGGUAAGUUUCAGUACUGAUCAGUUGUGUGUUAAUGUAAUAUUACCACAAUAAGUACUUUGUAGUGUCUGAUGUGCAGUUUUGAUAACUUGCUGUAAUGGAAGACUGUUGGUUGGCAUAUACUGUAGUAAUCCUGAAUAUAUAUAUAUAUAUAUUUGUGUCUGUUGUUAUUAAUACCUUGACCAUAAUCUGCCAGGCUGGAGGAAUAUGCUGGCUGGUGUGUGUGUGUGUUUUUAAUGUAAAGUUUUGGAAGUCAAAUCAUCCAUUAGUUAUCAAGAGAAUUUCACACCACUUGGUAUUAAUGUAUAAGGAUAGAUGUUGUAUUUGUGCCAAGAGUUCUAGUCUUUUUCUUACUGUCAGAGUUAACUGCUUAUUAUUUUUAAGUUGGGAUCAUUAUCUUAAGGUGUCUUUUUUUUUUAAUAAGAGAUCAUAAAUUAAAGUAAUUGAUACAUUUAUAUAUUAUGUACUGUGUAACUAGCAAUGUGUCGGUUAUUUCUUGCCCACACUGUUAAUUCAAAAAUUUUUGUGUCCAUAUGACAGAUUUUGUAAAUCUUUCCCUUCUGUUCAACAAUAUUACUUCAUUCUAACCUAACUCUGUUGGACCUGAUGAAGAGUGUUACUAACUGACAGGAACAGUAUUGGCAGGGUUGUAGCCAUUAACUGACAGGAACAGUGUUGACACAGUUGUAGCCACUAACUGACUGGAACAAGGGUUGUAGCCAUUAUAAAAGUGAGAAAUACAGUAAAUUUGUAAAUUUCUAAAAUUAGAAUUGUCACUUAGCAUCAAUCAGUUGUUAUAUUGCAGAGUGGUGUAGACAAUAUGUACAAUUGAGUGAGCAAUGGCUAUUUUGGGUAAAUAAAAAAAAAGACAAGCAUGUAUUGAGUUAUGCACAGUCUUGAUUAUGCAUUAAAAAUUAAGAUUCUUUUUUGUAUAAGGAAACGAAAGUUUUUGUAUUUCAUCUCCUGAUCUCUUCAUUUUGGUUUCUUUUCAUUAACAAUUUUCACACUUGCAAGUCUAUGGUGAUGGAAGAUGGCCAGAAUUAAGAUCCAGCACUCUGUCUCCUUUCGUUUAAGUGUUAUUCAUCCACUACGUGAAACGUGAUUUACUAUUUGGUAUUCCCCAGCCACAAUAAGGUCCCAAAAUUAUGCCAGUUUUAUUAUUCUUGACAAACAACUGCUAAGUUUUCUCUAGUGCACCAUGUACUGUCUAUAGCAAACAACUGCUAAGUUUUCUCUAGUGCACCAUGUACUGUCUAUAGCAAACAACUGCUAAGUUUUCUCUAGUGCACCAUGUACUGUCUAUAAUGUUUUUGAGGUUUUUAGAUUUCAAAGUGGGUCAGAUGAUUUAGUUUAUUCCUGUCACUUUGCACAAUGUAGUAUCAUGUCUCUUCAGCAAGUUCAUAUCCAAAACCCACUGAAAGCUUUGUUUUCAAGUCAUUCAUGCAAACUUUACCUUCAGGAACAAGCCAGGGAAUAUUCCUCCCCAGCUGCUUCCUAGGACUUUGGUGCUGCUGCUGUUGUCGUUGGCUGCUGGUGUAAUCUAACUCUCUCAUCGUCUAAACCAUAUCUUUCAAAGGUUUUACUGGGCCACUUUUCACUUAACAGAUAGUCAUGACUCAUUCUUCCACCUCUAGUCUUUCCAGGCACUUAGCCAAAAAUAUGGGGAAGAAUAUACAACUAACAAUAGCAGGAGAGUCCAGCCCUUGGCAGAACAGCUCGAUAUACCGUAACCAAAUCACGUCAGUCAGUAUACAAGUGUAUGACUAAACAAGACGAGACAAGUGCUUUGUGAAAUAGAUUCACUAUUUCAAGGUAAGAUAAUUGAAAGAUAUUUUAAACUGGAGAAUUUCUCAGAAGUUGGGGUAUUAGGGACUUUGUAAUUCAUGUAAUUUUUCACAGGAUUUUGCUACAGUAUGAGAUCUAUUUUACUGUGUAUGACAAAUUACUCAUAAGGGAAGCGAUGUUAAAUUGUAUUUUUAUAUAUUGUCUAGGAGCUACAUAGCACUGCAGAACUGGACUAAACAAACCAUAAGGAAACUAAACUGUAGAUGUGUAUUUUUCAUUGCUUUGAAUUUGACAUCUUGAUAAUACUUGGUGUACGUUAUACUUUAUUUGAAAUUCUUGUUCCCCCUUAACUCCUCUGCAUGUGAACAACAUUACCACUGUUGCUAUUACUAUUUCAACGAAUAUUUCACCACACCUACUACUACAAGAAUGCACUCACUCCACAUCCACCACUACUGUCAUGUUAUUUUGCCAGUCCUUAUAAUUUACAAAAACAUUUGCUAUAGAAGUUAAUGAAAGUGCCUUCUUGACAUACUCAGUUUCAAUUUUUCUAUGAAUAUUGUUUUACAUAAUGUGAAUUGUGUAAUAAAGGUUGUUAUUA